UCAAAAAAAAUAAAAAUAAAAAUAAAAAAUUCACUUUCUCUGCAGAUAAAUGAGAUAAUAACCCUAUGCCGUAACAGAAAUGUCAUUACUUUUAUAAAUCUCAAUUUUUGCUGGAGCUUCGUUUACCAUGUCUACCAGUUGGGGUGCAGUACACCGGUGGGCUAAGCCUUUGCCGUCGAUUGCAUUCCGACGGUCCGACCGCUUCUUUCCGACCAUCCAAUCUGCGAGUCCUUUUGUCAUCAGCGGCGCCGCUUCUCACAGCAAAUGGGCUUUCAAGUCGGUGGCAGACGCAGAACCGGUGGUCGUUGCCGCCGACGGAAAUUACGGCAGUAAGCAAGUUAUCAGUGUCACCCCGCGGCUUUAUGAUUACUUGUUGGCUAAUGUUAGAGAGCCACAGAUUUUGCGUGAGCUCAGAGAAGAGACAGCUACCAUGCGAGGUAGCCAAAUGCAGGUAUCGCCUGAUCAAGCACAACUUCUUGCAAUGCUAGUUCAAAUACUAGGAGCCCAGAGGUGUAUUGAAGUUGGCGUGUAUACUGGAUACUCUUCAUUGGCCAUUGCUCUGGUCCUACCAGAAGGAGGUUGUCUGGUUGCAUGUGAGAGAGAUGCAAUAUCACUUGAGGUUGCAAAGAGGUAUUAUGACCGUGCUGGUGUUUCACAUAAGAUAGAUGUGAAACAUGGUCUUGCAGCUGAUACUCUGAAGUCUAUGCUUCAUAAUGGUGAAGAUUGCAGCUAUGAUUUUGCUUUUGUAGAUGCCGAGAAGAGAAUGUAUUCAGAUUAUUUUGAAUUGCUGCUGCAACUGGUGAGAGUUGGAGGUAUUAUAGUUAUUGACAAUGUCCUUUGGCAUGGAAAAGUUGCUGAUCCACUGGUAAAUGAUCCGAAAACUGAUAGUAUAAGAAAUUUCAAUAAAAAAUUGAUGGAUGAUGAGCGUGUAAGCAUUAGUAUGGUUUCAAUUGGGGAUGGCAUGACGAUUUGUCGAAAAAGGUAGGCCUAGAGUAUUGCUGGUGGUUAUGUCAAAGCAGGCCAGGCAUGCAACUACUGUAAAUGUUUCUUAUAGAGAAUUCUACCAUUUUUUAAGAUUCAAUUCAAUGAAUACUGGUGUAAUUAACCCUAAGAAAUCGAUGGAUCUUGUGUUCUACACAACACGAGCCCAAAUGUAUUGUAGGCUUUACAAAGACUGGCUAAGAUGGAGUGGUUUUACAUAUCCA